UAUCCACAUUAGAAAAAUCAACAAGACCACCGUUUUGCACAAACACCCUCUCUUGUUGACUGUUUCCGUCUGAACUCUUUUUAACCAGAAGCUUAUUAUCCGAAUGUUGAGAGGAAAAUCAAAAAGACAAGAUGUGGAUGGAGAUAGGAUCACUUUUUAGAAAGGUUUGGCUGUGGUUGAUUUUGUUGAUGCCGUUUGUGCACACCACCGUUGCAGACGAUGCACCGAGCAAUCCACAACAAAAGGCGUCGAAUCAGGGUCGACUCAGCAUUCCAUACGAGAGAGAGUUCUUAGAGGGGCUCCUCUUGGUCUCAACAUUGGACGGUAGCGUGCAUGCAGUCGGCCAGAAAUCCGGCAACAACUUAUGGACAAUUAAAGAAGGUCCAAUUAUCAAAGUACCAGUUGACACGGCUGAGGGACCCAUGUUUCUUCCAGACCCUAAAGAUGGUUCACUGUAUGCAGUCAGCAGUGGCAGUGAUGGCCUGAAGAAAUUACCUUUUACUAUACCUGACCUAGUCACUGCCUCACCCUGUAGAAGUACCGACGGUGUACUGUAUGCUGGUCGGAAGUUGGACAGCUGGAUAGCGGUUGACAUAGCAACAGGGGAGAGACAGCACACCAUGGCAACAGAGACAACGCAGAAGUCCUGUCCAACGGCCGACUCCAGAACCUUGUUCCUUGGGCGAACAGAGUUCACGCUCACCAUGUUUGAUUCUGACACAAGAGAGAGAGUAUGGAAUGUGACAUACAUCGAUUACGGUAACCAUCUCACAGUGGAUGAGGAAGACUACGGUCAGCGGCACUUCUCGUCCAUCACGGACGGUUCCUUCGUGACACUGGACACCCAUACCGGUGAGAUGCUGUGGGACGUUAGCUACAGCUCCCCGGUAGUCGCCAUCUACACCGUUCAUCCCGAAGGAAUCCGUAAAGUAUCUGUAACGAGUGUCUCGCCCCAGACCAUGGGGCAUCUGCUGGAUGGCACUGAGUAUCCUGAAUGGAGGAAUAGGCUGCUUGGAUAUGAGAAGACAAAAUCUAUGCUCACCCCUACUUUGUUUAUUGGCGAAUACGAGAAUGGCGUCUUUGCCAUGCCUGCUGUGGUAGAGGAGGGAUCGGUCCCCAUUGUGCCGAGGGGAUGGAGCCCACCUCUUCUCGAGGGGCCUAAAUCAACGACCCCAGACCCCACUCCAAGCACUGAUCCGAGUCCAGUGGCUAGCCGGCUGGUCACCAUCAUGCCUGGUACCGUCAACCCAAAAGUCACAACAGCUAAACCUGUCUUGUUAAUGGGUCAUCAUGAAGUGCCCGAAGGCUCCCGCGCCGUCCUGAUCCCCUCCAGUUUCUACCCCAACAAACACACUCUUACCAAUACUGACCGCGUCAUCUUACCAAUCAAGCCAGCGGCCAACUCCGCAGAGUCUACCCCUGACAACAACAACAACAACACCCUGAUAGGGGUAGUUGUGGGAGGGAUUCUCACUCUGCUGUUCGGCAUCUUGGCACUCUUUUACUUUAUUCCUAGGCCAGUGGUGAUUGUGUCGAACCAGCCGCGUUCAGCGCAAACAUCCAAUCAGAGCCAGGCAAGCAGCGUAGACGGUUCAGCCGAUGAUAUUCCAGAGGGGUACUCCAAGGUUGGGAAGAUCAUGUUCAACCCCAAGGAGAUCCUGGGUCAAGGAUGCGAGGGCACAUUUGUCUACAAAGGGCGGUUUGAUAAUCGUGAUGUAGCGGUCAAGAGGAUCCUACCCGACUGCUUUAGUUUUGCAGAUAGAGAAGUAGAUUUACUCCGAGAGUCUGACGAACAUCCAAACGUAAUCCGCUACUUCUGUAUGGAGGAAGACCCACAGUUCCGAUACAUUGCCUUGGAGCUUUGCACAGCAACGUUACAAGAAUAUGCAGAAAAUAGGAAGAGUUUUCAAAGUCUAGAAACAACUGAUGUUUUAAAUCAGGCAACGGCAGGGCUGGCACAUCUUCACUCACUUAACAUAGUUCACAGAGACAUCAAACCUCACAACGUCUUAAUAUCCCAGCCGAACCAACACGGUCAGAUCAAAGCCAUGAUCUCCGACUUUGGACUUUGCAAGAAGCUAUCUGCAGGUCGGAGGUCAUUCUCUAGGAGGUCAGGGGCAGCGGGGACAGAUGGAUGGAUUGCUCCUGAAAUGCUGACCGGUGAAGAACGAACAACGACGGCCGUAGACAUAUUCUCUCUGGGCUGUGUGUUUUAUUACAUCCUUUCUGGUGGCAAGCAUCCGUUCGGUGACGCCUUACACAGACAGGCCAACAUCUUAGCUGGAAAAUCAGCGCUAGAAAAAAUUCCCCAAGAUGAUUUAAUAUCUAGGGAGCUAAUUACGCAGAUGAUUGAACGUCUGCCUGCAGACAGACCCGUUUCAAAAAGCAUCCUCAAACAUCCAUUCUUCUGGAAUCGAGAAAAACAACUCAUGUUCUUCCAGGAUGUCAGUGAUAGGAUCGAGAAAGAAGCUCUCGAUUGUGCCUUGCUUGUUGCCUUGGAAACCAAUGCAGCUGAUGUUGUGAAGAAAGAUUGGAGGGCAAAUAUAACGGAAGAGUUACAAACAGAUCUUCGUAAAUUCCGAGCUUACAAAGGGAAGUCAGUACGUGAUCUAAUCAGAGCAAUGAGGAAUAAGAAACACCACUACAGGGAGCUACCAGACGAGGUCAAGGAGUCGUUGGGUCCGGUACCAGACGGCUUCAUCUACUAUUUCACAUCGCGCUUCCCCAGACUACUUCUGCACGUCUACAAGGUCGUAGGUCAGCAUUGCGGUGAGGAAAGAGUCUUCCAGAAGUACUAUCCCCAACCUCAGGAAACGGAGUCUGUGCCACUCAUUAUGAGGUAAAAUGUGAGGGUCGGUCAGGGCCCGAUUCCAUAGAGCCGCUUACCAGAAUAAGGUUACCAGCCAAAGUACUAUGUAACAUGUACAACUUGUGAAUGGUAUCCUGCUCAUUUCUGCUUAGCAGAGAUGUGUCAAGCAAUUAUAUUCUAAAGUAGCUCUAUGAAAUGGGGCCCUUGUCACAUCGGCCCUCUGGUGGUGGAAAGAUGUCCAGGGUCAGUGAAGCAGGGAGGUCAAAGUGUGGGUGCUCCCCAUAGGUAUGUUCCGUAGUAGUUAUCUUUAAAUCUACACCUGAUGCACAGAGCUCAGGAUUCAUCUUAAGAUGGAUCAAGCUAAACAAGUCAUUUGUUUGGAAAUAUCAGUUUGGAGAAACGAGCCAAAACAGACCAACUGGGGCAAAGUUUUCACCAUUAUUUUGGGGGAAAUUUAAAUACCAAAAUAUAUCUUAUUAUAUAUUGCCAACGUUCUUCCUGAUAAAUUACAUCAGAGAAGGGUUAAGAUUAGCAUUGAAAGAAAAUGUGCCAAUUAACAACUCGACUUGAAACCCUUUUUCUCAGAUUUAUUCUUGCACUUCUCUUGGUGUUUCAACUUUCAAAAGUUUUUAACCAAAGGAGGUAUCAAGAUAACACUCUUUUAAUAUGAACACUGUAUAAGUAAAACAUUUAAAAUUACCUGGGUUCGACAAAUGACUCAUGUUGCUUGAUGGCAUCACAUUUGACAAUAGACCUUAUGCAUUGACGUCAUCCAGCCGCCAUCUUUGAGGUCAAACGGUGACGAAACAAUCGAAACGC